AUGCCAAUAGACGAUCAAUGCUAUACAAGAGUGACAGAUCUCGAAAAAUUACCGACACCAAUGGGUGCACAUAAAAAUGGAUUCAUUAUCAACCAAAAAUGUAUCGCUAAACAAUCAUGUCUUGAGAAAAAUUCAUUAAAUAGUUCUAUUUGGCUGGAUAAGGUUGUGGCAGCAUUUGUUGAUCCAUUCUUAAAAGAAAUAGGUGAUUGGCCAAAGAUACUUCAAGCAUGUUCCGCAUCUACCUAUAUUUUUGCUAAUUCUAUAACCUAUAUGUAUUAUAUUCCACCACAGGCAAUCGCUGGUAUGAUCGUGAAUGAUUACAUAGCACGUCGAUUAUGUGAAUCGAUAAUGGCAAAUUAUCAUAUCAAUAGAGAUUUACAAAAUUCAUUGAAUAUGAACGGUUGUGGUACAGAGCACGAUUGGAAUAAAAUUGGUGACUACAUUAAAGACUGCGUUAACGGACAGACAUUAGCUGUCGAGGGUUGGGUUGCAUCUUCAAUUGUUAUUUAUCUACGUAAUACUGUUAGACAAAACUGCAUUACAUAUCGGACAAGUCAUGGACUUCCUAUUGAAUAUUAA